AUGGCUCUCGUUCAGUACCCACCGCCAGUCGACUAUGCGGCGCAAUUGAAUGCCUUCAAAGACUUUUUACAGCAUUUCAAAACAUUCGAAUCGGCUUCCGAAGCUGCUGCAACCGAGGCGAUUGAAGAUCUUCACAUCGACGGAGAUGCUACCAGCGAUGAAUAUGACUUCAUGGACGAUGUGGAAAAUGAGAACGGGCAACAAGGGACAAGAGCACGCCGCGGGCGUCGAGAACCGAAGCUCAAGUACAUGCAGAUCCUGCAGGACAUAGCAGAUCGGGAACGGUCAAACGUUCUGAUUGAAUUGGAUGACUUGGCUACAUUCGAAAAAUCCCUACCGGAGGACACAGAUUUGAAGCUCGUUGAGUCCAUACAACGGAAUACCAAGCGUUACAUCGAUGUUCUCUCUGAUGCAGUCGAUGCUGUUAUGCCGAAAGAAACGAAGGAAAUCACCUUCAAGGACGAUGUUCUCGAUGUCAUCAUGUCGCAACGUGAAAAGCGAAACGAGGCUAUGGCGAUGGCUGCGGAGGCCGAUAUGGAUGCGGCUGCGGCUCUCUCGAUGUUUCCUCCUGAGUUGACUCGUCGAUACACCCUCAAUUUCAAGCCUCUUACUCCAUCUGGGUCAAGCAGCGACCGGGACUCCAAGGCUCUCGCAGUCCGUAAUGUGCGAGCAGAACACCUGGGUAGUCUGAUCACGGUUCGCGGUAUUACAACUCGUGUCUCGGACGUCAAACCAUCAGUCCAGAUCAACGCUUAUACUUGCGAUCGGUGUGGAUGCGAAGUGUUUCAGCCAGUUACCACAAAACAAUUUCUGCCUAUGACUGAGUGCUUGUCUGAAGAGUGCAAGCAGAACAACUCGAAGGGACAAUUGUUUCUUUCCACUCGUGCUUCGAAAUUUGUUCCCUUCCAGGAGGUCAAGAUCCAAGAAAUGGCAGAUCAGGUUCCUGUUGGUCACAUUCCACGAACACUAACCAUUCACUGCCACGGGAGUCUGACACGACAACUCAACCCUGGAGAUGUUGUUGACGUUGCGGGCAUCUUCCUUCCCACACCUUACACAGGGUUCAGGGCCAUCCGUGCCGGUCUCUUGACCGACACAUACUUGGAAGCUCAGCAUAUCACACAUCACAAGAAGUCGUACAAUGAUCUGACGAUGGACAGUCGAACGCUCCGGAAGAUUGAACAGUAUCAAAAGUCUGGAAAUAUGUACGAGUACCUGUCUCGUUCCAUCGCUCCCGAGAUUUACGGCCAUCUUGACGUGAAGAAAGCCUUGCUUCUUCUGCUUAUUGGAGGUGUGACAAAGGAAAUGGGCGACGGCAUGCACAUCCGUGGUGACAUCAAUAUCUGCCUGAUGGGUGAUCCUGGUGUUGCCAAAUCGCAAUUGCUGAAAUAUAUCACCAAGGUUGCUCCACGAGGCGUGUACACUACUGGACGAGGUAGCAGCGGAGUUGGUCUUACCGCUGCUGUUAUGAGAGAUCCUGUAACGGAUGAGAUGGUGCUGGAGGGAGGAGCCCUGGUUUUGGCGGACAAUGGCAUUUGCUGUAUCGAUGAAUUCGACAAGAUGGAUGAUGCUGAUCGGACUGCUAUCCAUGAAGUGAUGGAGCAACAGACCAUUUCCAUUUCCAAGGCCGGUAUCACAACAACCCUGAACGCUCGUACCUCCAUCCUGGCUGCAGCCAACCCUCUCUAUGGACGGUACAACCCACGAAUCUCUCCAGUGGAGAACAUCAACCUUCCCGCCGCAUUGCUCUCGCGUUUCGACGUCAUGUUCCUCAUCCUAGACACUCCACAGCGUGAAGCCGAUGAGGAAUUGGCCAACCACGUCGCGUACGUCCACAUGCACAACAAACACCCCGAGAUCGACGAUGCCGGAGUUUUGUUCACACCAAAUGAAGUCCGUCAGUACAUCGCUAAGGCGCGCACAUAUCGGCCUGUCGUGCCCUCGUCAGUUUCCGAUUACAUGGUCGGAGCUUACGUGAGAAUGAGGAAGCAACAAAAGAGCGACGAAGCCAGCAAGAAGCAAUUCUCUCAUGUGACUCCCCGUACUUUGCUUGGUGUCGUUCGUCUCUCGCAAGCUCUUGCCCGCCUUCGCUUCAGCGAAGAGGUCAUUAGGGAGGAUGUCGAUGAGGCUUUGCGCCUUAUCGAGGUCAGCAAAGCAUCCCUGGCCAAUGACGGUCAGUCCGGCGUGGACCAGAGCCCCAGCAGCAAGAUCUACAAUCUCAUCCGCGGUAUGCGUGAGAGCGGUGCUGCCGCUGUCGGGGACGGUGAAGAGGGUGAACUUAGCAUGAGAAGGAUUAGGGAACGCGUUCUUGCCAAGGGCUUCACAGAAGAUCAGCUCACAAUGGCGAUCGACGAAUACGAAGAGCUUAAUGUUUGGCAAGUCGUUAACAACGGAACUCGCCUCAUUUUCUUGGAUCUCGGCGGUGAUGAGGCAAUGGACAUCUAA